ACAAAUUGUUGUUCUAGGAAAACCCAAAAAGAAACCCUAAAAAACAUCAAUUCUCCCUCCCCCAUUUCCCUGCUGCUGCACAAAGCAUUAAUCCCCACCCCAGUACUCACAAAAACCGAAGAAGCCUUCAUUUCUCAUUAUUUGCUAUUUUGUAAGUUUGCAACUUCAAAACAAAAAAGCUCAAACACGCACAGUACUAUGGACUCCUCAAAGAUAUAUGGCUUGCCCCCCAUUAUAUCCACAACCACAGGGACAUCACAGCCUCCUGCAAAUGCCCUCUCUUUCACAGGUAUACGAGCUCCUCUCACUAUUGAUGAUUCCGAUGAUUUCGAAUAUUCUUCCUCGUCUCUUAGUAAUGCCGAAAACGACAGUAGCAUUGCUGAUGCUUACACUAGCCACAAUGAGUCUGCUUCUGAAGCUUCUAUUAGCGGUGAGGAUGGUUUUGACUCUAAUUCUGAGAUGGAUGACUCUGGCCCAAAUGAGCAAACCCUUGAAGUUGAACAGACCCCAUUUGUUAACCAGUUUGAUUAUAGGCCUUCUGUGGAAUACUCAGAGGGUGAAAUUGUUGAAGAAAAUAGUAAUCUCGAUGAAUUUGAUGAUGAUUAUAUAUCUUCUGUUGGAAAUGUGGGAUAUAGUGGUUUUAGACAAGGUAUACCGAUUGCCGUGUUGUCAGUGGACAAUGAUGAUGAUUCCGAAGGUAGUGUAGUAAUGGAAGAUUUCAAUGAUGGUUUCUCUGGCUCUGUUAGAGUUCCAAGUUAUACUACAGUGUUAGAGAGGAUAGGAGGAAGUGCACCUAAAGUUAGAGUCCCCACUGUCGAAGGUGAGGAGGAGGAGGAGGAGGAGGAGGAGGAGUUAGAAUGCAAUGAGAAUGCAAUGCAACCAGAUGUUGUAGUGGAUGACGGUGGGGUGGAAGAUGAGAAUGCCCAAGAAAAACAGGUUGUUGCAGUAGAUUCAGUGUUGAGUGGUAAUGCGAAGAGGUUGGUUUCUGAUUAUGUCCAACACCAAAUUAUUGCUGACUGCCCUGUUCCUGAUUCAGUGCCAGAUGAAUACAAGGAUUGUGAUGUUGAAGAGAUAAAAGUAGAAUGUAGGGUGACAAGUAAAGAGCCUCCUCUGCCACUGAGAGAGCAGCUGGAAUCCACUGGCAUGCAAUUAGAAGAAGACAUUCAAUCUGUUUAUAUGGGUGCACAAGAUAUAGAGAUUGUGAACUUGGAUAUUGAUUCUAAGCUUCCUGUUGUUUUUAAGUGGGUAAUUGAAGAAGAACCUAAGGAGUUGAAUUUCUUUGGAAUUGAUGACGAUAUGGGGAUUGCCAAAAGUAACUUACAGGUUGGAGAAAAUGCUUGUCUCGCUCAAAUAGGUAAGAAUGAGAUCCAAGACAGCAUAGUCAAGCAAGAAAUUUAUCAAAGUUUUGAGACAAAGACUUGUAACAUUAAGGGUGAUGAAGUUAAGAGCAGUGAUGGUGCAGAAAAUGUUCAAAUAUCAGCAGCCCAGGAUCAGGUAUUUCCCCUGAGUGGCACUGAAGUGAAUACAACUCAUGGACUUGCAGAAGGAGAUGAGUUGUCAAGAGAUUCCAACAUUUCUCAAUCUAUGGCAAUCAAUUCCCUUCCAGAGUUACAGAUAAUUAAAGAUAAUUGUACAUUCAAAUUAGUGGAAGAUGAGGAAAAUUCAUUUCCACUCAACAAUGAUGAUGGAUUGACCUUUGAAGAUUCUAGAGUGAAGGAAACCAUAGAUCGAUCAGACUAUCGGUUUGAUGGAGACAGCUGCCUGGAUCAUGUGCAGAAUAUAGAUGGUGAGGUUGUUACAGACUCAAAUGGAGAGGUGGAUACAAUUGAAGAAAACAAAAAGAAAGAAACAUUUGAAACUGCUGCACUGUUGAAGGCUGCUGGAUUAGGAUCCACAAUUCAACCUUCGGGGAUUGUUUCCCAGCCGAAGGACUCUAAUAUUUCUGCUCCUUCAGAUCAUGCAGUUGAACCAGAAGGAAUCUUAAGUGAAGCAGAAAGGAGUAACCUUGAGAAGAUACAGCAGUUGCGCUUAAAAUUUUUGCAUCUAAUCCACAGACUAAAUCAGCCUCCUGAAGAUUCCUUAGCUGCUGCACAGGUUUUUAGUUGUCUAGCACUUGCUACAGGGAAGCCAUUUGCUCAAGCAUUCUGUGUGAACUCUGCUCAAACAGAAGCACUGCAGUUUGAAUCAGAUGGUAGGAACAACCUGAACUUCUCUUUGAAUGUCUUGGUUAUUGGGAAAACUGGAGUUGGCAAGAGUGCUACUAUAAAUUCCAUUUUCCAUGAGGACAAAGCAGUGACUGAUGCAUUUAAACCUGCCACAACCACUGUGAAGGAGAUGGUUGGGACAUUGGAGGGAGUCAUAGUUAGAGCCUUGGACACUCCCGGUCUCAGAUCUUCCAUCUCAGAACAAAUAUAUAACCGUAAAGUGCUGCUGUCUAUAAAGAAGGCCAUGACAAGAUGCCCACCAGAUGUUAUCCUCUACAUUGAUCGUCUGGAUACACAAACUAGAGAUCUUUGUGAUUUGCCAUUGUUGAAAUCCAUCACCACAUAUCUUGGUCCAUCAAUAUGGGAGAAAACCAUUGUUACCCUGACCCAUGCAGCUUCAAGUCCUCCUGAUGGAUCAACUGGGAAACCCUUAAGCUAUGAAAUGUUUGUGGCUCAGAGAUUGCAUGCUAUUCAGGAGUUGAUUAACCAUACUGUUGGUGAUUUGCAUAUAAUGAGUGCUGGUUUGAUGAAUCCAAUGUCUCUGGUAGAAAACCACUCUUUAUGUAUGAGAAAUGGAAAUGGAGAAAUACUGCUUCAACACAGAGAAAAUUGGAGAUCUCAGCUACUGCUCUUGUGUUACUCAAUGAAGAUUGUGUCAGAAUUAAGUAGUGUUGUUAAAAGUAGAGAUCCUUUGGACCCUGACUUUGAAAUGUGUUGGCCUCCUCUUACAUAUUUCCUAUCUUCUGUACUCCAAUACAAUGUUCAUCCAAACUGUGAAGGUGAGGAUGUGGACUCAGACAGUAGUAGUCAGCCAGCAUAUUUGUCUAAUUCAGGCAAAGAAGAUGAAAAUGAGUGUGAAUCAUCAAUCCGAAUUCAUACAGGGCCUAUUUUCAAGUUGCGUGGAUGGGACUGUGAUUAUGGAUAUGAUCAACCUACCCUUAUAUGGGGAAGAAGGUGUAAAGUAGGUGUUAGGGCAGAGUUGAACAAGAAGCAAAGUGGUGGGAUGUGCAUCAGGACAAGCAGCUCAGAUUAUAGUCAGAUUGGUAUACUAUGUAUAAUAAUAACAGUAGUGAAAGACAUAAUAAGGAGGAUCUAUCCUCAGGAGUUGUAGAAGGUGUGGUGUGGUUUGCAGAGUGCAUGAUUUUUGUUUUGAUGUAUUUGUGAAACCAACCCAUAUUCAUGUAUUGAUCUAUUUCUGGGAUCCUAGCAGCUGGGAAGUGGCAACUUCAGUUGGGUAUUGUAUUGAAUUGAUUUAGCAGUCCUGUCAGUGUCAACAACAUAUGGUCGCCAAGUAAUGGAGAGGAGUUCACCGUCAUUGUACUUUCACGUUGCAAUGACACAAAGAUUGGGAACGGAAAUGCCCCAGUUCUGGAUUGCUGUGAAGUUUGCUGAGCUGAUGACCAA